UGGUGGCAUUUUUUUUUCCAAAAAGGAAAAAAAUCUCUCUCUUACCCUUCCUGAAUUUUCCAUCUAGGCAAACUGGGAAGUUGGAAAAUAUUCUGGAAGAAGGCAGUGGCAAACCACUUCUGUAGUGUUGCCAAGAAAACUGUACUAAUGUCCAUGUGACCAGAAGAAAUCAAUUCAGAUUUGAGAUCAUUCUUACUUCAUUGGUUAUACUGGUAAUUGCAGCCUUGGACAGAAAUCAAGGAAAAGAGGGAUGAUCUCAUGACUAUGGGGGACUGGAAUUUGCUGGGCAGUAUCUUAGAGGAAGUUCAUCUCCAUUCCACCAUAGUGGGCAAAAUCUGGCUCACCAUCCUUUUCAUCUUUCGCAUGUUGGUUCUUGGUGUGGCUGCUGAAGAAGUCUGGGAUGAUGAGCAAGAGGAGUUUAUUUGCAACACCGAGCAGCCGGGUUGUAACAACAUCUGCUAUGAUAAAGCUUUCCCCAUCUCUCUGAUCCGCUACUGGGUGCUCCAGGUCAUCUUUGUCUCGUCUCCUUCCCUUGUUUAUAUGGGCCAUGCCAUUUAUAGACUGCAAGCCCUUGAGAAAGAGAGGCAGCGGAAGAAAGCCUACCUUAAAGAGCAGCUCAAAGAGAUAGAGCCUAUUAUAGAAGAUCACCGGAGAAUAGAGAGGCAGCUGAAGAAGCUGGAAGAACAAAAGCAAGCAAGCAAGCCUCCCUUGCAAGGGGCUUUGCUAUGGACCUAUAUCCUUCAUAUCUUGACCCGAUCAGUCUUAGAAGUGGCCUUCAUGGUGGGCCAGUAUCUUUUGUAUGGGUUUCAAAUGAAUCCACUGUAUAAGUGCACUCUUCCACCCUGCCCUAACACUGUGGAUUGCUUUGUGUCCAGGCCAACAGAAAAAACAAUCUUCAUGGUUUUCAUGCAUAGCAUUGCCGCCGUUUCACUCUUUCUGAAUCUCUUGGAGAUCGUUUAUUUGGGGAUCAAGAAGAUUAGAAACACCCUUUGCAGGAAGUCCAAGAAGAAGCUGAUGACUGCAGAGGAGGAGGCUAUCUUUAAUUUCCCCAAGAAAAAUUCAAUGAUACAGCAGAUUUGCAACAUGAGUGAUUCAUCUCACCAGGAUAGUUACAAAUUUAGGUCAGAGGAGCAAGGGAGGCUACCCGUCUCCUUGAAUCUUGAAGAAGGAUAUAUACUUACUGAACAAAGCCAGCACCCGGGGAAUGGGGAGCAACAAUGGCGCAGAAACUGCAGAAGAUGGCCCAAUCAGUAUCCAGAUCGACCGCAUCCUUCUUAUGGGCAUCUCGGAUACCCCAAUGGGAAUGGAGAACAUCAACGCAGGCUGUUCCCCAGGCAUUAUACAAACUUAAUGAGUCAAUGCCAUAAUGAUGAGCAUCUGAUUGCGCCCUGCAGCACUGACAACAUUCCAAUGGAAGCAGGGCAGGCUGUCGACCUCUACAGAAAGAAUGAAUCCAAUGCUUCAGAUGAGUCCAAGAAUCUUCCACCCGCUUCUAAAAUUUCCAUAGUAUCCAACCCCAGGGAGAGCCCCCAAGCAACGUUUCGGAAGCAGAGCUGGGAACUUAGCAGCAAGGACUUAGGAGAUGAUAAUGGCAGCUCUCCAAACGCCAUGCUUUAUCAGAACCAUAACUCCAGCCUUUUGCCCAGAAUGCUGUCAAAGAGCCAGUUGGAUAUCAACUCAGUGACCUCAGACUCACAGAAUGGUUCGGUCUUGGAAGCUAAGUGGCAAGAUGACAGCAGCCCUCCUAUCACACCCUCAUUUUCCACCACAAGGGGACGCAGAAUGUCAAUGAAUGCGCUCUUAGAGCUCUCUUCCAUCAUGAAAAAGUAACACUAGUUCAACUGCGAUGUUACAGAACUGCAAGAAUCUCCCUUGCCAUUAGCACAUCGUUGCCAAUACAAAGCUGAAUUAGUUCCCUUUUUCUCCCCUGAUCUGAUGAGAAAAGCAACUGAAGGCAGAUCCUUAAGAAUUCUACAACUUCUCUUUCCUGGGCAGUCGGUGUUGGUAGCUGAGAGUGAACCAUAACCGUCUCUUUCAAGUUGCACUGCCUUCUCUCUUGCAUAAGUAAGAGAAGCUUCAGUGGACAUAAAAGAGCUUUCUUUUCCUUAGUGAAGACCGUGGAAGGGAGGGAUAGCUUGAUUUGUAGCACUGCCACCUUCUUAUCCAGCUCAACACGCAACUUCAAGGCUCUGCUACGACACAAAACUUCAAUAAAGAUGAGCGAAGGAAGAGGAGACUGCAUCCUUUCUUCCCCUCGCUGGACCUGAUGAAUAAAAAAUGAAAGCGCCUCACUAGAACUUUCCACCACUAGGAUGCACGUUAACAAAGAUGCUUAAAUUCAACCUG